GGCCGAUUGUUCCUCACGUGAAAUUCCCAGUAGAAUCAUCUCGCAGCUAAUGAGUGGCCCAUCUCUUCAUUUUCUCCCACCCCCGCCAAAGUCUCCCACCUCCCGCCUCUCACUCCACGCACUUUCCCACUGUAACUUCUCCAUCCACCAUCCACCAUCCACCAUCCACCAUCCACAACUGCGCUCUUUUGACUCCUCGCGCAGUCAAUUCCACCCGACCAUCGAUUUUUGACCUGGGUAACGCUUCACGAGAGGCGAAGAGACGAGUUGCGGGUCGGGAUUGGAAUUUCAUCAACGUCAGCAUCGGAUCUCGCACACAAAUCGACAUUCGACAGCGUGACUCAACCGCGAGCCACCACAUUUUUCCACGCUUCCCAUCAAUCCAACCCAUCACCGAACCCAUCGACAACAUCGCAUAAAAUCCACACAUAAUCUACAUUCCAUCGGAUCCGGCUCCGAACAAGGCUCACCUAUCACUCACCAUGACCUUCCAAGGCCGCCCGGCCCCUAACGUCUCGCAGUACCUCCAGAACCUCAACACCAUCGACCCACAGCCCAUCGAGCUGCCCACCAACGAGGACUACGGCAACUUCGCCGAAGACCUGGCGCUGUUCACCAACCUCGAGUUCGUCGACUUCGACCAGAACAUCGGGGGGGACGCCGGCGGCGGCGCCGACGAGGUGGUGCCGUACGAUGCUGCGGAGGAGGAGCGCGCGCGACGGUUGAAUGCGAGCGCGGGGUAUCGGAACCAGGCAAAGGAGACAGGGAUGGGAGGAAAGACAGAGGGGUUUGAGGAGCAAUUCCAAUUCCCCGACUUCAACCCAGCCCUCUACCCGAACGUCACCGACCCCGGCGCCAACCCCACCUACCCCUCUACCGUCCACAACGCUCCCUUCCCGAUCCAACCGGCCCUCUCCCCCACCUCCUCCACCACCAGCAACCACAAACCCAACAAUUCCCCCACCACCACCUCCCAACACGGCUCUACCUCCACCAUCGAAGAUCACGCGCGCAACGCCGCCGAGGAAGACAAGCGCCGCCGUAACACCGCCGCUAGUGCGCGCUUCCGCAUCAAGAAGAAGCAGCGCGAGCAGGAGGUCGAGAAGACGGCGAAGGAGAUGUCUGAGCGCGUGGGGAUCAUGGAGGCGAGGGUGAAGCAUUUGGAGAUGGAGAAUGAGUGGUUGAGGAGUCUGAUUGUGGAUAAGAGCGGGAAUGUGCCGAGUGGGAAGGGGCGGAAGGAGGAUGAGGGGGAGAGUUCCGUGGAGAAUGAUGGGGAGCGGGAAGGGAAGAGGCGGAAGAAGCAAGGGGUGGGGACGGAGGCGUGAGGGGGAAGUAUUUCAUUUGGGUAGGGGGAUAUAGAGCGGGGUUGGUGGUGGUGUUAAAAGAGGUGGGAUUUUUUUUGUCAUGUCUAAUGCAUUGUAUUGCUGCUGCUGGAGACGCGGUCGUCUCGUAGCUAAUGAGUUUGAUGUCAUCGAUAUCUCGACGUCGAUCUAUCUGAUAUUUUGUAUAGAAUCAAUCAAUUACGUUCUGUUCGUUCAUUCAUUC